CCGCUCGUACUCCUCCCCUCUCGCCUAUUAAACGCGCUCCCCCUCCACCACCGCGCAGCCAAGCCAAACAAGAAACCCACCGUUUCUCUCUCAAAACCGCGGGAAUCAAUCAAUCGCCGUUCGCGUCGCGCCACGAGAUAUUUUCCCCCAAGAAAAGUUGGAGUGAGGGAUGAGUGCUAUGGCGAUGUCGUCGCUGAACCCGAACGCGGCGCCGUUCAUCCCGGCGGCGUUCAGGAGGGUGGAGGACUUCUCGCCGGAGUGGUGGGAGCUCGUCAAGACCACGGCGUGGUUCCGCGACCACUGGUUCAGGCAGCACCAGAUGUACGAGGACGCUGCGGCGGAGGAGGACCACCACCGCCAGGUGUUCGACGACGACCUCGCCGCGCUCCUGCCCGACGACUCGCUCGACCUCCUCGACAUGGUCGACACCGACGACCUCUUCUACACCCCCGACCCCCCCGUCCACCACAAGCCGACGACGACUCCCACCCUCGACGCCGACGUGCUCAGGGCGCUCAGCCUCAACUCGCCGAGGUUGGGCGGCGCCGGGAUGGUGAGGCACGCCGAGAAGCCGGCCCAGUUCGUCGCCGCCAAGGGCGGCGCCGCCCGCCACGUCAUCCACCAGCCUCGCUAGAGCGCCAUGGGUGAGUGGUGAUGCUGCUGCUGCUGCUGUCUAGUGUAUAACCUUGGAGUUUUCAGAGUUUAGUCUCUCUGCUUUUCUUCACUGUGUAUAAAAACUGAAAAAAAAAGGGGGAAAAAUUGCAGCUUUCUGGUGCUGCAUCCCUUGUAGUAGUAAAGCAGCUUCUGUUCAGUUUCAGGUGCAUCAUCUAAAAUGUGUUAGAAAAAAAAAAGCAAAAAUAGAGAGUGAUGUAGAAUCAUGUGUACUAAUGAUUCUACUACCGCCCUUGUUAAUGUUGGAUAUAUUAAGAUGGCAAGCAGUCUAAUGUUUAGAAUCUUUCAACUUCUGAUUA